GAUUCGAUUCUUCGAUAUGUUCGAAAUCUCACAGCCGCAUAGUUGCCAAUACUUAUAUACGAAGUUACGAAAGUCUCACGAGAAAUCUGAAUUUUGUGAAUUCUACGUCUUACAAAUAUUACUUGCACAAUUCUUCGCUUACACAGUAUUGUCACGUCUCAAGGAAUUCACUGAAUUGUCGGAAGAAACACUUUGUUUGACAAAUAGUGAUGGAUCAAACGAUUUACAAAGAAUUCACUUACAGCUUCAAUUGUUUUUUACGCGGUUUACUUGAAUAAUUGUUAUCGCAGAAUGACCAACAUUGCGAAUUUAGUGCGAGUUUAACCAAGAAUCCAAAUGCGUUAUCGAUAAGAACGAAUAUUAAAAUACUGACCGUUUAUUGGCCACAAAAAUCUUACAGGCACAGCUGACUAACCCAAAACGUGAUGUUGAUUUCGAUAAGCUGAGCUUAUCGGUUGAUCUUGAAUACAGUGAUUUUCAAGCACUGGAACAAUAUGGAUCUCCUAGAUGAUCGGACGCUCAAAAACAAAUAUCAAAAGUCAAAACUGAGGGUAAAACUAUGGGAAAGUGACUUUAUGGAAAAAUAUGGACGGAAACCUAACAAGAACGACAUCAAGGAUGCAGACGUGACCAUAAGAGACGCAUACAAAAUGUACUGGAAGUUGAAAACUCGAGCCUUAGAGGCAACCCUGACAGAUAUAACAUUCUCCGAUGAUAUCCAAGCCAAUAUAUCGACCACUUCAACGUUGAACACAUCUGCUGUAGAAAACGAUUGCAAUAAGCAUAAUACCCCACAGUCUGAUACGCGCGAUUCAGAAAAUCUUAUACCAGAGUCUGUCCCAGCGAUGAAAAACAGCGAAUUCGAGGCAGUGCCUUUCGCGGAGGGAUUAAAUCCUGAUGGUGCAUGGGGCGAUCAUUUGAACAAGAAAAAGCUGCCUACGCCAAAAAAGAAACAAAAUUUACUUGUCGGUAGAUCGUCUUCGUUUCAAUUGUCCCAAAAAAUGUUCAAUAGUACUAGUUUCACCAAAAGAAAUCCUAGAAAGUCGCUGUCGAUGGUCAAAUCUAAGAGCAGAUCGGAAUUGGAAAACAGCAACACAUCCUUAACUUCUCUGAAAGACGGUACUGCAAAUAAGGCAGAGGAUGGAUUUGACCCAAGUGACAUUUUCAAGCCGAUGUUUGGGGACAAGAUGAAAGUUGUUCAGGCUGAAAAUAAAGUAGUCACCCAGUCUGUGAGUGCCAUUCGUCAGCUGAUAGAUGGCAAGACGAUCAAUGUUUGUAGGAAAAUAGACGCCGGAUGGAUAGAUAGAUGCUCAAAGCAGAAUAAUCUUGAACCCCUCUCAGGAAACAUGAAUAGAUUGUCCGGGACCAGCGAUUCUGGAGUUGAAUCGUUGGAGGCAAGCUUGUAUUCGCCUUACUACGCAACUUCUGUAACUAGCUCGCAAACUCCGCAGUCUUUUUCAGAUGAAGAAGAUUUCAUAUGUAACAGUGAUUCGGAAGGGGAACGUAAAAACAAACGUAUUAGAAACAAAAGGAAAAGUUACAAUGCUGCAGAAAGCCAGAUGGCUAAACGGCCCUGCAUUGAUUCUUAUCAGGCAAAUUCCCAAGAUUUUACAACACCCGAAGACCCAUCACAAAAUCUUUCUCACUUUGAGAGACCUGCCGACGUUGUGAAAAUUGAUGCAAAACAAGAAUUGAUUACAAGAACUGAUGAAUCAGGAGUGCGUAAAACGAACCAAGAGGAUAUUAUUGAUGUCACAAGACCUUCACCUGCUGAUGAAAAGAAUGAAUCCUUAGCUGUUGAGACCGAAGAUCCUCCACCUGAGAAUUCUUUGCCAGAAAAUCCUCCUUUAUUAAAUAGACAAACCAGAGGAAAAGUUUAUAGAAGUAUUAAGCAUAAUGUUGUCAAUGAUACAGAAACUGUAGACAAUGAUGUAAAAGAUAAGAAGAAAAUAGUUGGUAAACCAAGGAGAACACGAGUAGUACAUGGUGUAAGAAAGCAGCCGACAAGAAGCGCUAAGAAAAAAAAUGAUGAAACUGAUUCAGAGGAUGAAAAUAUAGGAAAUCAUAGAGAAACUGCAGAUGAUGAUGUAGAAGAAGAAAAGGAGAUUGUUGGAAAGCCAAGGAGGACACAAGCAGUACGGGGUGCCAGAAAACAGCUGACAAGAAACAGUAAGAAAAAAAUUGAUGAAACUGAUUCAGUGGAUGAAAAUGUGCGAGAAACUCCAAUUUAUGGAGUAGAGACAGUUAAUGCAGUGCCUCGAUUCGCCUUACCAACAGUUGAGAGCGGAGAUUUAGUUGCCGAUUUCUCACAAAUUAUUUCGAAUGAAGAUUCGAAAAAUGAAAAGAAUUCCAGUACGGGCAUAAAAUUGAAAAAAAAGUUAACUGAUAAGGAAAAGUUGGAACAAAAAGUAGCAGCUGGAAAUAUAAACGAAAACUUUGUGAGAAUAAAUUUGAAAAAGAAGGUAUUUGUCCGUGGAAAGAAGACAAUGACCUUUCAGAAGUACAAAAAAAAUCAGUGGAAGCAAAAGAAGAAAGAGCUGGCAUCUGGGGAAGGUGGCUUGGACUUGGCUGACUUGGUUGAGAAGAAAGGAGUCUUAACUUGCUUCAAGUGCGGCGAUAUCGGACAUUUUUCAAAAGAAUGUAGAUCACUGAAAUCCGCCGAUCUCUUGCCACUGGCUGCUGAUGAAGAGCCAUCUGAAUAUCCGACGCUUGAAGAAGCAGCUAAGAUGGCAAACGAAGCUGUUCUUGGCGCGCACAGAAACAGACUGAAUCUUAUCCCGCAAACUGCUUCUCGACCCAUCGACACAACGAUACCGAAAGAGAAAGUAGAUGGAAAUGAUGUACCAAAUGAUUCAGAAGAACCUGAAGCAGUUCUGUCUAACGACGAAAACCUCACCGAUAACUUGGACGAUCUUGAUUUCGAGGAGGAUCUUGAAUACCAAGAACCGAAAACUCACGUCCCUUCAAGCCACAAGGUACCCGAGCACUUGCUGGCACAACUGCUUCGUCCAGAAGUGGGACCUGUAAAACCUUUGUAUCCCAUGGGGUCGAUCAACGAGCACAGUGUAACGCCAAAUGAAGUGUUAGACGCAUUAAAGAAGUUCGGCCAUGAGAGCUUCAGACCUGGUCAAGAGAAAGCUGUGAUGAGAAUAUUGACAGGCCAGUCUACUUUAGUCACUCUGUCGACUGGGUCCGGAAAAAGUUUGUGCUACCAGCUCCCUGCUUAUCUUUAUGCCAAGCAUUCGCCGUGCAUCACCCUGGUCAUAUCUCCACUGGUAUCUUUGAUGGAUGACCAGGUAACCGGUGUUCCAAAGUUCCUGUCCGCGGCCUGCCUUCACACUGCGAUGGGGGCAAAGCAACGUACAAAAGUAAUGGACAUGGUUAAGGAGGGAACCCUAAAUAUUCUUCUCGUCUCUCCGGAGGCUGUCGUUGCUGGCGAAAAAUCGACAGGCUUUGGUGCCUUGUUGAGGCAGCUUCCUCCCAUUGCUUUUGCUUGCAUUGACGAAGCUCAUUGCAUAUCUCAGUGGUCGCACAAUUUCCGACCGUCUUAUCUGAUGGUUAGCAAAGUACUGAGAGAAAAGUUAGGUGUUAAAACUGUCUUGGGUCUCACUGCCACAGCCACAAAAUCAACAGCCGAGAGUAUUGUCAAUCAUUUGAGAAUUCCAGACGGUAUGGCUGGAGUCAUUUCCGAUACCCCCUUGCCCCGAAACUUGACAUUGACUGUAUCGAAAGAUGCUUAUCGAGAUCGUGCACUAGUGGCUCUCCUGGAAAGCGGCCGUUUCAAAGAUUUGGAUUCUAUAAUUGUUUACUGCACUCGCCGAGACGAGUGUGUCAGACUCGCUGCACUCUUGAGAACAUCCUUAUUUAAUCCCAAACGACAUUCAAGAGCCGAUGAAAAAGUAUCUGCCAUAGCGGAAGCCUACCAUGCAGGCUUGUCUGCUAGUCGGCGCAAGGUUGUACAAAAGGCUUUCAUGAGCGGAGAAACUAGAAUUGUGGUUGCUACAGUUGCCUUUGGAAUGGGUAUCAAUAAGCCCGACAUCAGGGCAGUUAUUCAUUUCAACAUGCCUUCAAGUUUUGAGGGAUACGUACAGGAGGUUGGACGUUCCGGGAGGGAUGGUCUCCCAGCACAUUGCCACCUGUUCAUAAGCUCACAGGAAGCAGCUGAUAAGUCUGAGCUACGUCGUCACAUCUACGCCAACGGGGUUGACAGACACAUGGUUAGGCGUUUGUUACAGAAAGUAUUUGUUCCUUGUUCUUGCACGAAAACUGGCUCUAAGUAUAGUCAAGUGAACAAAAGAUGUCCUGGACACGAAGUCGCGAUACCUGUAGACGAAACUGUAAAGCUAUUGGACAUUCCUCAAGAAAUUAUCUCUACUCUACUUUGCUACCUGGAACUUCAUCCAAAAAAAUUCAUCACAUCUUUACCAUCAGUUUACGUUAACGCCAAAGUAACAAGCUACGCCGGUCCCAACGCACUGAAAGCUGCUGCUCAAUCUUCAGCACCACUGGCCAUGGCGAUUGCUCUAGACCUACAGCGAGGUAAAUCUCAUGAUGACAGCUCAAUCAUAGAGUUUCCGGUCGUUGAUGUCGCAGCUGCUAUUGGAUGGGACAGUGGAGUAGUCAAAGGUCACUUGAAGGAUCUCGAGUGGAAAACCACAGACACGGGCGGCUGGAAACGGAGCGCGAUAUCGGUAACAUUCGACACGCUCGGCUUCAGAGUAAAAGCACCAGGAGAUCUUUCAAAUGCAGAGUUGGAUGAAGCUCUAGAUGCGUUAGCUGAUCGUGCAAUGAAUCAGCAGCGCACGAGCCUUUGUCAGCUGGAGUCAAUAUACUCUGCGUUAACAGAAGUUGGCGUAGAUUCUGUGAGGCAAUGUCAAGAACUCACUGAAGAACUAACGAUUAAGUCUGAUACUCUAAAGACGACAAUCAGGAGUUACUUCCAGUCGGAAAAUCCCAUGGAAAAUACAGACUUGACACUUGAGACGAAGCUGCUUAACGAAGACCAGAUUGCAAGUGACGUUCGCAGCCUGGUCCAAUGUUAUAGGGACAAUAAUUUUACGGGGCGAGCGGUUGCUCGGAUUUUCCACGGGAUUCAAAGCCCCAAUUAUCCAGCUAUGGUAUGGUCUCGCUGCCGCUUUUGGAGAGCUCAUCUCGCCUCGAAUUUCGAGCUCAUUUGUCAAGUAGCUACACGUGAGAUUUUAGCAAUGCGAUAGCACGCGUGCACGCAAAAUCUACAAUUGUAAUUAGUUAUCACUCUACGAUCUGUCAGUAUCGAACGACUUGCGAAUGACUGGUACAUUUUAUAACUUAUUUAAUUUCCUAAUUUAUUAUCUCGCGAUCAUAAAAUCAGAGGGUGUAGCAAUAGUGAUCACAAAGGGUUCGCUCGUUACCUCUGGUUUGUUAUUUGAAAAUUUGACAAAUUCGGAACGAGUUUGACUGAAUUUAUUAUUUGCGUAUUCAGCCCUCUACAAAGUAAUUUGAGAACAUGAGAUUUUUAUCUCUUUAGUCAAUUGAAGUGGUAAUAUGGCAUACAUUGUAAAACGAACGCUGGUCUACCGAAAUAUCAGCAUGUUUUGUUAUCUGGUGCCUUUUGCCGGUAGACCUAUGUAUUUAUGUAUAAAUUUUUAAAACCUCGCGGUUAAUAGCAGUAUGUGUAUAUUUUAAUACGUAUAGAAUAGAGUUACAUUUAAAUAUUUGAGUUGCUAAUAAAAUCGGAUGCGAACUAUACGAACAAUUUUAUGUGUGUAUUUUUUUCUAUGCACCCGAGCAAAUUGAAUAACAAUUUAAAAUAAGGAGCGGUUGAACUUUUGCACGCGUUACACAGCAAUUCGGAGAAACUGGAAGAAAAAAUUGCAUACACGAAGACUAUAAUUGUAUAUUUUCUAAUAUCUAUUAUACGCUAGACGAAAAGUUGUAUUUAUUACCAGAAAAAAGGCACAAAAAACAAGUAGGCAAGACUAAAGUCAAAGAUCAUGGCUAUAUUGAAUUAUUUACAAUUUCGUCAGGUUGCAUUGAAUUCUAAAGCAUGUCGUUUUCAUAGCUGUGCAGAACCUCAUUCGCUCGUCAGCCUCACGUAAUCUACACAAAUUACAUAUA